GUGCACUUUAAAUUGUCGUCGUGCGGUUUUAAUCGGUGUUCUACCCCAGAGUUUGAUCAUUAGAAUACAUAAUAUGUGAAUCAUUAAUACUUAUUUGUAUAUAGCUAAAUAAUCAUUAGCAUAUAUACUUAAUUCAAGCCGCGUAUAUUGCGCGGAACAUAUUGUGUCUGUAUUUGUUUCCUCCGAACAACUUUAACUGACGGACUCAUGGCUGAGUGCACCUGAAAUUGUCGUCGUACAAACAAAAGAUUUGUUUUUAAUCAUGUUUCUGUGUUGAAUAUAUCGAAAUAUCAUUUACCAACGGAAAUUGUAACUAUCCUGCCUUGAAGUUGGAAUUCAAGAAAGACCGAAAAUAUGGCAUCACUGGGGAGCAGCAGUUCUUCGUCCACAGAAUACACUGUCCGAGUCCCGAAAAAUACCAGCAAGAAGUACAAUAUAAUGGCUUUCAAUGCAGGGGAUAAAGUCAACUGUUCGACGUGGACACACGCUCGUAUGGAGAGAGACAUGAGUGCUCGGAAGAUUUACGGCGAAGAGGAGACACCGGAGGGUGCAGCCGGUAGUGAGUUUGGCAAAAAGCAGCGUGAGGAAGCGCGUCGCAAGAAAUAUGGAAUUGUGACGCGUGAGUUUAAAUUAGAGGACCAGCCGUGGAUCCUGAAAGUCAACGGCAAAGCCGGCAAGAGGUUUAAAGGUCUGAAGAAGGGUGGCGUGACAGAAAAUGCAUCGUACUACAUCUUUACUCAGUGUCCGGAUGGAGCCUUUGAAGCCUUCCCCGUUCACGGCUGGUAUAACUUUACUCCGCAGGCGAAGCACAGAACUCUCACUGCUGAGGAGGCGGAAGAGGAGUGGGGCAGGAGGAACAAGGUGGUGAAUCACUUCAGCAUCAUGCUUCAGAGACGUCUACGCGAGCAGGAGCGCGGCGACGAAGACGAGGAGGAGAGCGAGAAAGCGGGCAAGAAGAAAAAGAAAAGCGGCGGGCGCGGUGGCGACCUGCGCAUCCACGACCUCGAAGACGACCUGGACAUGAGCAGCGACGACAGUGACAACAGCAUGGGCGACGAUGGCGAAAGCAAGGCAAAGAAGUCAGACGUGGGGAAAGGCAAAGCGAAGAAGAAGAGGAAGGGCAGUGACAAGGAGGCGUUGGAAGAUAGCGAUGACGGCGACUACGAAGGGCUUGAGGUGGAUUACAUGUCAGACGAAAGCAGUUCUGAAGAAGAACCGGAAAACCCCAAAGGAAAACCCAACAAAGAAGAAGAUCUUCCUAAAGGCAUCGACGAGGCUUCUGAAAGUGAGGAGGAGAGCGAGGAGGAGAAACAGAACGAGGAAGAAGUAAAGGAGGAGGAAGAGGAGGAGGAAGGGAAGAAAACACCGGCACAGAUGGAAAAGAAGAAGAAAAAAGACAGCAGUGGCGAGUCGGACAGCUCGGACGACAGUGACAUCGAGGGAGACACGGCUUCUGCUUUGUUCAUGGUGAAGAAGCGUACGCCACCCAAACGAGCAGGCGGGCGGGGUUCUGCGGGAAGCUCUCGGACCGGCAGCCGCCCGGGGACGCCGUCCAUAGACACUGCCGCCACCUCCAACACACUCCGCGCUGCUGCUAACAAGCUUGAGCUAGGUAAAAGACAGACCCAAGGUCCAGGUACCGACUCGCCAGCUGCCAAAAGGCUCAAGAUGGAACCCAGCAGUCAGAGUCCGGCUCCCUCUGGGAAAAGUACACCUCAGCCCCCAUCAGGCAAAUCUACUCCCAGCUCCAGCGAUGUGCAGCUAACAGAAGAAGCGGUCCGCCGAUACCUCAUCCGGAAACCCAUGACGACUAAAGACCUGUUGAAAAAGUUCCAGACCAAGCGCACCGGCCUAAGCAGCGAAAAGACGGUCAACGUGCUGGCGCAGAUUCUGAAACGUCUCAAUCCGGAACGUAAAAACGUUAACGAUAAAAUGCACUUUUACCUCACGGAGUAAAAGGAGACCAUGAGAACAUGUGAUACCGAAUCUGGUGACCACUUCAGGGGGUCAAAAGUUAAAUCGGUAAGCAACUUUUUUUUUCGUUUGGUGACAAAUCGUAUUUUUUACACGUAGACCACUCAGAACUGAUUUGUUCUGUUUCGAUUCUUUUUCUAAUAAAAUAUAGUAUUGCUUGUAUAUGUAAACGCUAUUUUUGGUUGCUUUAGAAUUAGUUAUGAAGGUGCUUCUAGACUUGUAUUGACCAUGCAAAAGAUAUGUCAACAUUAAACAACGCUUAUUGACUCAAAUGUGAUCAUGACAUUUU